UAUGCUUCCGAAGACCCCUCAGUCUUCUCAGUUUAAGACGCCAUACAGAGCGCCCACAUCUACCUCGAUAUCGCCACCAGCAACAUGGUCUCAUUGUCCGGACCCCAUUCAAGCUACGACCCCAGCUUCACAAUGACGUGUUCACAGGUGUCCACUCCCGGCAUCACCGUCGACGACCUGCAGGCUAUCAGAAAAAAAUCGUCGGGAAGACGUGGCAGCAAGGCAGGUUUUAGCAUAAAGCUUGAUAAUGGUCAUCUGAUAAAGAAACAAACGAUCCCCAAACCUAUUACGUAUCGACAAAGCAUGGAACAGAGUAAAGGAAAUGUGUCUCGGGUGACUUCAUCUCCUGAUGGAGGAGGGAUUGGGAGUCUUGCCGAAACGGUUCUGUCUGGGGAAACCGAUACGCAUUCAGGAGUCGAUGUGGCAAUAACUUGCAUGGAUAAUAUAAGCCAAAAGGCUCAUUGUUGUCAUGAUGCAGGGAAAGGGUUUUCAAACAGCUCCGCAGCUGUCGAUGCUAUCGGAGGAAAUAACAAGCCAGGAUAUAGAGAGAAAUUACACAGUGUCAGGAACUCUUUACCACAAGCAGCUAUGAAGAAAAGAAAACAGGCGGCUUUGGCUUCCAAAGACGUCACAGCUAAGAGACCAAAACAUGUUACCAAGGACACAGUCAGAACCAAGACUGUCCUUGACAAGUAUUUCAAGACGUACACACAUUGUACAAAAUCAGGACAUUCACCAAAGAAAAACGAUUUAAAGAAGUCACACAGGGAAACGGAUCAGAUUGUUUUGGUAAAUCAGGAUGAUUACGUCUAUAGAGAUGCUGACUGGCCUCCAGGGAGGAUGAGGGAUGCGUAUGACUUCAUCCCUUCAUCACCAGAGAAGAACAUUGCUCAGACAACCAGAGUCAGAGAAAACAGGAGAAAGGAACAGGUGCGACUCCAGGUGCUAAAGACUAUCUACAAGAUCGAAACGGAACUCGCAGUACUCCGGCACAGGAGGAAACACAUCAAGGAGAAGCUGACGAGAGAAGACAGGACGACCACUUUAACGUUUAACGUUUAA